AUGAUGAUGGACUAUACAUUGUUUGGUGAUGUUGUUUGCUUUGAUACAACUUACAGAAUCAAUAAUGCCAAUCAUCCUUGUGCGCCGAUAAUUGGAGUUAAUCAUCAUAAGGAAAUUGUUGUCUUUGGUGUAACAUUACUCUAUGAUGAAACUGCAGCUUCUUUUGAAUGGUUGUUCACAACAUUUCUCGAGGUUAUGAGAGGGAAACAACCAAUAACUAUAUUCACAGAUCAAGACGCAGCCAUGGCUAAGGCGAUAGCAAAGGUAUUUCCUAAAACUUAUCAUCGAAUAUGUUCAUGGCAUUUAUUCCAAAAUGCUCUCAAGCAUCUUGGUCAUGCUUUUAGAAAAUCAAAUAAGUUUGGUGCAGAUUUCAAAAGUUGUAUGUAUGAUUUUGAGUAUGAUGAAGACUUUAUUAAUGCAUGGGACUCUUUGCUUGAAAAACACAAGGUCCGAGAUGAUAAAUGGUGUAUGAAUAUCUUUGAAGAAAGAAUAAAAUGGCCAAUGGCUUAUGGUAGACAUGCUUUUUCAGCGGGCAUUAGAAGCACUCAAUUAUGUGAAAGUUUCAAUAGCCGCAUGAAAUGUUAUGUGAAGCCUAGAUUCAAUGUAUUGGAAUUUUUUACCAGAUUUGAAAAGUUGUUAGAUGAUGUGAGAUACCAAGAAUUGGAAUCUAAUUAUGAGAUGAGACACUUUAAACCACCAUUGAAGAUGAAUGUUCCUAUCUUAAGAGGUGCCAGAGAUGUGUAUACAUCUAAUAUCUUUGAUUUAUUUCAGCAAGAAUAUGAGAAGUCCUUGGGGAUUAUAGUUCAAACAUGCAUUGAAGAUCCUCCUUUAUAUGAAUACAAGGUUUGUGUAUAUGAGCUACAAAGAGAACAUAAGGUUAUUUUUAAUUCAGAAGAUAAAUCAAUCAGUUGUUCCUGUAUGUCUUUUGAGUUUGUUGGAUACUUGUGUAGCCAUGCACUAAAAGUCCUAGAUAUUUGGAAUAUAAAAGUACUCCCUUCUCAAUAUAUGAUAAAAAGAUGGACAAAACAUGCACGUGAGGAUUGUUUAUUGGACUAUGGUGGGAAAAUUGUAAAAGCAGAUCCUAGACAGAUUGUUUCAAACAGAUGCAAGGAUCUAAACCGCAAUGCAGUUAAAGUGGCAACCAGGACAACAGAAUCUGAGGAUGCAUCUAUCUUUUUUGCUCGAAAAAUUCUUGAAUUGAGCCUUGAAGUGGAGAAGUUUUUCACUAAAUCUAAUAAAAAUAUAGAUGAUGGAUCUUCUAACUCUAUGGACUAUGGCCAUGAAUGCUUCUCAAAGUGUGGGCAAUAA